AUGAUUUAUGAAACCACAAUUAACCCUGGUGAAGGGUUGGGUAAUUAUAUCAAAUUAGGAGCAUCGAUGUAUACUAUUAUGAAGUAUCUUGAUAAGUUUAAUUAUAAAUUAAGAAUUAGUUAUAGUAAUACUGAUUUUUUAAAUGUACCAAUACUUGUUAAUGUAGUUGAUUUGGGUAUAAGAUUAACAUUUCUGAAUCAUAAAGAUCAAUUAUUGGAAUUAAUUGAAAUUCUGGAUUUUAAUAAUAAACAAGGACGUAAUGGUUCAAGAAAACUUUUAAAAUUGGUAUAUAAUGGUAUUAGUUUAAAUGAAAUUGAAAGUAAUAGUAAUAAUACAAGUAAUAAUAAUAAUACAGCUUCAUCAAAUUCCUUAUCUUCAAAUUCUACCCUUCAUACAUUAUUAUCUAAGGGUCCUAAUUUAAAAUCAAUUUAUAAUAAAAUAUUUGGUCCAACUUAUCCAGGAGUUUUCAAUAGAGAUACUGGUUCAUAUAUAUUAUCAUAUCCUGGAAUUUCAUUUAAAUUUGUUAUUACUAAUGAAGAAUUAAUUAAUAAGACACAUGGUCAGGGUGAUGAUCAAGUAUUAUCAAUAUUAUUAAAUUGGGAUGAUAAUUCCGAUAUUAUAUGUUCCAGUAUAGCUUUACAUAAGGGGAAAUCUUGGUCCCAAUUCAAAUUAAAGAAAGAUUCUAGUGUUUAUUCUGAAACUUCUAGUCAAUCUAAUGUACAAACUGUUUCAGGAUUAAAGUUUUAUUUGGAUGAAGGCAAAAUAGUUGUUGAUGUAAAAGGGUAUAAAGGAGAUGUUAAUAAGACUAAAUCAUUUGAUAUAUUGUUAAGUAAGACCACUCAACAAGAAAUCCUUAAUAUAUUAGGUCCUCCAGAUGAUUACUUUAAUAAAUUUGAUUCACGUUUAUUGAUUCAUAAACAUCUUUCAAAUAACGAAGAAGAUCAUGAAUUAGACAAUACAGCUCUAGAUUCGGAUACAGAUUUGAGUCAUUUCAAAUUCCAUAAUUAUUUCAAAUAUGGUAUUGAUAUUUUGUAUGAUUUGAAUAAUGGAAAUUCUUCUUCAAGUGGUAUGAGUGCAACUGUCAAAAAAGUCAUUGCUCAUAAUGGAGGUUUGACUGAAAGUUUAAACUUUAUGAAAUGGAAUAGAUGUUCUUGGGAAAUAAGUACUAAGAAUAAUGAUGAAGAAAUAAAAAUUGAUUCUUCUAUGUACUUUAAAGAUUUACCAAUUCAAUUUCGUAGUUUAACCCCGGUUUUAUUGAAUAGACAUGAAUCUGAAUACAUUGAUAACGAAUUGGAUAUCAUUGAUUUCCCAACUACUAAUCAAGAGGAGGUAAAGAAAGAGGAAGAUACCGAAUUUGGUAUGAAGGUUAAAACUUGGGGUCAAUCAAAGUUAUAUGGAUAUGAAAGGUGUAUAAUUGAAGUAAUUAAUUCGAAUGGUUGUAUUUCAUCGGUGACGGUUUAUUAA